UGUGCCCAGUGAGUCUAAAGUGACCAGCCUUUUUUUUUUUGUGACUGCUGAUGGUGCAAACGUGGCAGCACUAGUUAGCAAAGCAGGUACUGCAAUUACUAAAACCCAUCUUCCAUGCCUAGGAUUGUCCAGUCCACUACGUCCCACUUGGAGAGGGAAGCAGCAUACCUUUCUCUCUUCUUAUGCCCUUCCCCACCCAGCUUGGGGCAGGAGAGCAGUAUGUCAGCUCCCCUGAUAAUACAUUUCCUGUGCUAACUCUCUCAUUAAACCAAGGAAAGGAAGCAUCAAAAUCCUUCCUGCAAGGUUCUGAGGGGGAAAUUAGAGGUAGAUUUGAAAGAAAGAAAGAAAGAAAGAAAGAAAGAAAGAAAGAAAGAAAGAAAGAAAGAAAGAAAGAAAGAAAGAAAGAAAGAAAGAAAGAAAGAAAGAAAGAAAGAAAAGAGAAAGAAACGGAGAAAGACUGAAAGUGGGUGGACGAGGGGGAAGGAAGCCAAUGCCAUUCCUCAGCCAGUGGCUGAGAGUCCAAUACAAACGUGAAGUGCUUUGACACUUGUGUGUUAAGCUGUGAGUUAGACAAGUCCUCCCUUCAGAAGGGAAGAAGACUCUGGAGGAUAGCUGAGAGGGAGCAUAAUUCUCCUGUGCCCCUGUCCAAGCUCUGAGGAAGGAGACACCUGGAAGAAAGAGAAACCUGCAUGCCCAUGGGAGAAACUUCUGUUGGUCUCUGUGGGUCACUGAAGAAGAAAGGACAGAGAGAGCAGGUGGUGAAGACAGGAGAUAUUGCCUCAUCAUCAGACAAGGUGGAGUGUUUAGCUGUCACAGAUCUGAAAUGCCACUCCCUUUCUCAGCUCCUUGGUUCUCUGAGACCUGGUAAGGCGUGCUGCUGAGCAGGGCUUGUAAAGGACUAGGGAAGUCUGAUAGGCUGUAUUGUUCAAUGUGGGAAGUGGGCUCUCCAUGACUAUUUUGGUGUUAGCCCAGGUCUUUCUGCAUUACAUCCUCCUUCCCUUGCUGCUGCCUGUGUUAAACUGACAAGAGGUCCAGGCAAGCCAAGGGAGAAAUGCAUUAGUGACUGUUCGGGCUGUAACUUCUUGCACAGCUGGAAUGCAUGUUUUGACCCUGGCCUGAUGGCAUCAGAGAGUGGAGAGGAAGCCCAGUGUGGCAAUUUCUCAGAUGACAGCAGUGAUGAUGGUGGUCUUGGGGAGGACAGCCCAGUCACUGGCCUACUGGGCACAAUCCUGACAGUCAUGUGCCUCUUUGGGAUGAUGGGGAACAUUUACACGCUGGUGGUGGCAUCCAGUGGCAUCUCUGGCCGCUCAGCUGGCUCUCUGGGUGUCUACGUGAUCAACCUGGCCCUAGCUGACCUCCUUUACCUGUCCACCAUUCCCUUCGUGGUGUGCACGUAUUUCGCCCAUGACUGGUUCUUUGGGGAUGUAGGUUGCAGGCUCUUGCUCAGCCUGGACCUCCUCACCAUGCAUGCCAGCAUCUUCAUGCUGACUGCCAUGAGCCUGGAGAGAUACUGGGCAGUAACCAGGCCACUGAGGGCCAGGUGGGCUGGAAACAGCUAUCGCAGACUCAUUAGCUUGGCCCUCUGGCUUCUGUCACUCUUGCUCACUGUACCCAUGAUGGUCAUGAUCCAACUGAGGGACAGCAGCAGCCACAAGAAGCGGAUCUGCUUCCCCACCUGGACACCUGAAGCCUUCCGCAUUUAUCUCACGGUGCUCUUCACCACAAGCAUCCUGGCUCCCGGCCUGAUCCUGGGCUUUGUCUACUUCCACCUCGCGCGAGCCUACUGGACUUCAGUGGUAGAGACACAGCCACGGGCAAUGGGCCGGGCCUCCAAGCAGAAGGUUUUCUCCAGGAUCUUCAGCAUCAUUGCAGCCUACUGGUCCUGCUUUGUCCCUUUCUGGGCCUGGCAGCUAGCCAAGCUCUAUGGGGCUGAGAGCCUGGGGAUCAGCCCUACUGCUCAGGCAUACCUUAACUUUGGUGUGACCUGCCUGACCUAUGGUAACAGCUGCAUCAACCCCUUCCUCUACACCCUGCUCACCAGGAACUACCGUGAAUACCUGGCCCACCGAGGGAAGAGGCAGGCAGAUUGCCUACACAGCAGACAGGUGGUGCCAUUUUCGAAGAAUGGCACCAGCAACGUGGACAAGUCACAUCUCUGCCUUGCUGCACUGACAAUGGGGAACACACUGCAGAGCUUACUGUUGUCUUUGGCAUCCUGCCACCAGGCACACACCACUUCAGAAAUGCAAUGAGGAGUUACAGCAGAACUUUGUGCUGUGUCAGCAGCAACAGUUUCAGAUGCACGUGCUUCCCACUGCACAGCAAGUUAAACCCCCGAGCAGUCUGAAAACAAACCAAGAUGCCGAGUGUGAGGAAGACAAAGUCAAUGAGAUCCACACUCCACAGAGCAUCUGUUCUGGGCCUAAGACGCUACAGAGGCAAUGCACCAAUAUAAGACCUCCUUUGCCAGUGGAGAAAUCUGCGGCCACAACUGUCUGGAAGCUCCAUCUCUGAUGGCUCCUGGUCUGUUGCAAAUCCGUUUG